AUGGCGAGCCACGGUGUAGCUCGAGCCUCUGGUCCGCGAACUGAGGAACAGCGCAAGCUCGAUCUGGACAAAAUUGAUCGAUAUCGAAGUCUCGAGAACCAGGUCCGCCAGAAGGUGAGUUUCCACCGCACGAUAUGCGCCCUGCCUACACACCCUGCAUCGCCGGGCCUCUCCCGGCGAGCGCAUCUGUUGGACAGACCGGGUAGAGCUAAUGGAUCAACACCCCAGGCAGCGAAUCAAUCGUUUAGCGAAGAGACCUUUCAGUUGACAUCCAAACUCCUCCGCAUCAAUCCCGAGUACUAUACCGUAUGGAACGUCCGCAGGCGCUGCCUAAUCUCUGGCUUAUUAUCCGGACCAUUGCCUGGGUCGUCGCCCUCGAAGGUGUUGCCGAGUUCUUCGGCGACCGACACUCCCACAACCUCUUCCGACGCUUCGUUGGCCUCAUCCUCGACAAAGAUCCAGCAACUCCCCGACUCCCGGACGACUGGGAACAAUGGUACAACACCUGAGUCGUGGGCCGGCGACUUGGACACCAUCAAAUCCGAGCUGGCCUUCACCAUCCCCCUCUUGAUGGAAUUUCCAAAAUGCUACUGGAUAUGGCAAUACCGCCUCUGGAUAUUGGAUCAGGCCGUUGAGCGCCUUCCCGUGUCCGUCUCGAGGCGAAUCUGGGAGGAGGAGCUAGGCCUUGUCAGCAAGAUGCUGCACCGAGAUACGAGGAACUUUCAUGCUUGGGGCUACAGGAGACAUGUUGUUACCAAGUUGGAGAGCUCGACGCUCAACGGCUCCAGCAUGACCGAACCUGAGUUUGCGUACACGACCAGCAAGAUCAACGCUGAUCUGUCCAAUUUCUCAGCCUGGCACAGCCGCAGCCAGCUGAUCCCUCGCCUGCUAAACGAACGCAAGGCGGACCAAGCAGCACGGAAGGACUUCCUUGAAAAAGAGCUAAAUGUCGUCCGUGAGGGACUCAAUGUGGGACCCGAAGAUCAAUCACUCUGGUUCUAUCAUCAAUAUCUUAUCACCAACAUCUUGGAAACGCCCGGUGAUCAGACGAUAGCUCCGGAACUAACUGACGAGGAGCGAAAAUCGUACAUUGAGAGUGAAAUCGUUGAAAUCAAAGAUCUGCUGGAGGACUACGAAGAUAUCAAAUGGAUUUACGAGGCUCUGCUGGAGUACACCCUUGCCAUUGAUAAAUUAACGAAGGCCGCACCAAGUAGCCAUCAAGAUUUGUCAAGUUGGCUGGGUAAGCUGAGGACACUUGAUCCAAUGAGAGCUGGACGCUGGUCAGACCUGGAGAAGCAAUGGAGUCAAGCAUAA